AUGCCGUCCUUCAAAGUUACCACCGCCAUCGCCCUCCUUGCCACUCUCACAACUGCAGAGUCCCUCCCCUCUUGCACCACAACGCUCACUCCCGACCCCCAAUGCUGUCUCGGUCCUCCAGGUCAUACCGCGACGUCUUACGUCGACUGCGAAGGUUGUUGGCUAUACACCCCCUACCCAACAGUAUGCGACCUGGUCCGCUGCGCCGCGCCCACCGGUGUCCAGUCUGACCGGACCUCCACCGUCACCUCCUGCGCUGCGAGCAUCACGCCUUCGAUCGAGACUCACGUCCGCCGCCAGGACGGCACGAUCACUUUGGAUGAUCCUACGGCGACCUGCACCACUACUGGGACGAAGACAACACCUGGGUGUCAGGACUGUGGAGCUACGGCUUUUCCUACGACGAAGACUGUUGGUGUGGAUUGUGGAGGGUGUGCGUUGCAGACGGUGGAUUUUGAAGUGCCAGAGUCACAGUCGCUACCUCCUGAAACCAUUCUGUUGACCCUUGCAUUGCCCUUACCUGCCUCACCACGUCGAUACUGGUCGAGUCUGGGUGUUGUUAUGAUGCACUCCUUCGAUCAAGUACCCGGUACCUGUGAGUCGGUGCAAUCCCCAUGUUACCAGACCCCAACCGCUAACACAGACAAACUACAAUCUCUCAAGCUCGCCAAACUACAACGGAUGCGCUCGAUCGAAAUGAUCGCUCACAGCAGCGGCAUCCGAAAACACUUCGUCGCAGCCAUCGAUCACGCAAGAAAACACAGAGCAGGAGUCUUCCAUGCCACGCUCGGGACUUGCUUCUUCACUUUCUCCAUUUUCGAGAGCGGAGUCGUCGCCGAUGGUGAUUUUGGCCAUCUCCUCCUCGACUUCCUCAUCUCUUUCCGCGGCGUCGCUCUCCCUUUCUCGCUCCUGAGACCACUCCGCCUUCGCCUCGCAGCUGUCUCUUGGAAUACUGAAACUCCUAGGCCUCUCCUCCACGGGCAGGAGUACUUCUCGCAACAGCUCGUUUUCCUUCUCCUUCCUCGGAAUCUGCAACAAGCAAACAAAGUACCUCCUAACCAGUCUCUGAAACGCCGGUUUGCUCUGCAGAUCCGCGAAAUCGAGAUCGUGCCAGAUGUUGUGGAGGGCUGGUGCUGGGAUCGUGCGGGAGAUGUGGUCUUCGGCGAGGCGCCGGAAGGCUAUGGGGUUUUUGGAGGGGAGGUGCAGGUCCGCGAAGGCGGCGUCGAGGGUGUCGUUUAUGCCUGGUGGACUAUAUGUGCUGACUUACUUUCUUUGAUGCAUACUUGUCUUGCAACGACAGAAAAGACAAAACAACAUCCAUUCGAGUGUUUGCUCUUUGAGAAGGUGAAGGCUAUGGGCCUAGGAAGAAAGUCGAGACCAGCUCGAACAUUCCAUGAUGCUACAGGAUCUUUCCGCCGUCAUUCAGCAAUUUCCAUGACAGUCUCUCAGCUAAUGACUGACCGACAUGCGAUGCCGUCAACGAGCGGUUCCCUCGAAUGCUAUGCGGUGCAUAAGCUCCUCUGCUCUCUUACCGCAAGUCGAUGGCAGAGCGACAGCGCUGCCUUUUGGCAAAGCCAAAAAUGA